AUGGGCUCGGAGCAACCCGGCAUGGACAUGGUAGAGCGAAGACCCAUAUUGGGCCCUUCUUGUAAGCGGCAGAACCAUCAGCGCCUGCUGAAAAAGCUUAGGCCUUUGCGAAUUUUAGGAUUCUUCCUCAGCAUGGCGGCUGUAAGCGCCAUCUCCUUCUCAUUCAGUGCCUUGACCUGGGGCUCGGGGGGUCUCAGUGAGCCACCGGCCCCCAAGGAGAGCCUGCAUCAGUCGGGCCCCCACAGAACUCUGCUCUUCACCCAGCUCCAGAGGGACCCCAAUGUCUCGGCCGACAUGCCAAUAGCCAUGAAGUCUUCGGCGAACGGCAGCGAAAGCCAGGGGGAGUACCCCACAGACCUUUUCACUCUGGAGGAGCGACGCCAAGGCGCUGUGAUCCUCCACAUGUUUGGCAUGCUCUACAUGUUCAUUGCCUUAGCCAUAGUGUGUGAUGAGUUCUUCGUCCCAGCGCUGACGGUCAUCACAGAGAAGCUGUCUAUUUCGGACGAUGUUGCAGGUGCCACCUUCAUGGCGGCGGGUGGCUCGGCCCCCGAACUCUUCACCUCUGUCAUUGGGGUGUUCAUCUCCCACAGCAAUGUGGGAAUCGGGACCAUCGUGGGCUCGGCCGUCUUCAACAUCCUUUUUGUCAUAGGGAUGUGUGCCAUCUUCUCCAAGGAGAUCCUCAACCUGACGUGGUGGCCGCUGUUCCGCGACGUCUCCUUCUACAUCCUGGACCUGAUCAUGCUCAUCAUCUUCUUCCUGGAUAACUUCAUCUCCAUGUGGGAAAGUAUGGCGCUGCUCACGGCUUACACUGCCUACGUGAUCUUCAUGAAGUUCAACAGCCGAGUGGAGGGCUUCGUCAAAGGCUGCAUGACCAAGAACCAAGUGGUAGAGGUUGAGGUGCAGCCCAAGAAGGCAAGUCCCGGGGCACCGGAGGAUGACAGCAAGCUGUCGACCAGGCCUCGGCUUCAGAGGGGUGGCAGCUCUGCCUCCCUGCAUAACAGCUUGAUGAGAAACAGCAUUUUCCAAUUGAUGAUCCACACGCUGGACCCUCUGAGCGAAGAAUUCGCUGACUCUGAGCUUGGGACUUAUGGGAAACUAAAAUAUUAUCACACAAUGACUGAGGAAGGAAAAUUUCGAGAGAAGGCAUCCAUCCUGCACAAGAUUGCCAAAAAGAAAUGCCAGGUAGAGGACAGUGAGAAGGCCAACGGUGUGGCAAGCCGCUCUGAUAAGAACCUUCCGAAUAGUUCCAGCGUGGAGGUGGAGGUAACACCACCGAUGAACGGAACAGCCGGGCAAGAGGGGGAAGCGGCUGAAGAUGAGGAGGAGGAAGACCAGCCCCUGAGUCUGUCUUGGCCUGAAUCGAACCGCAAGCGCCUUACCUACCUCCUCAUCAUACCUGUUGUCCUCCCUCUCUGGCUCACGCUGCCCGACGUCAGGAAACCGGCUGCAAAGAAGUUCUUUCCCAUCACCUUCCUGGGAGCUAUCUGCUGGAUCGCGGCCUUUUCUUACUUUAUGGUGUGGUGGGCUCACCAGGUCGGAGAGACUAUUGGGAUUACGGAGGAGAUUAUGGGCCUGACUAUAUUAGCAGCUGGUACCUCCAUUCCUGACCUCAUUACCAGUGUCAUCGUGGCACGCAAGGGGCUGGGUGACAUGGCGGUCUCCAGCUCCGUCGGCUCCAACAUCUUUGACAUUACUGUCGGACUGCCAUUCCCUUGGCUCAUGUGGUCUUUCGCCAACGGCCUCCAGUCGGUGACAGUGAGCUCCAACGGCCUCUUCUGUGCCAUUGUGCUCCUAUUCCUCAUGCUGCUCUUCGUGAUCAUCUCCAUCGCCGCCUGCAAGUGGCGCAUGAGCAAAUUGCUGGGCUUCAUCAUGUUCCUCCUCUACUUUGUCUUCCUGGUGGUCAGCGUCAUGCUGGAGGACAAGGUCAUCGCCUGCCCCAUCUCCAUCUGA